AUGAUGAAAUCCUUCCUUUUGCCCUUGCUCUGCGUCGCGGCUACGUCCGCAUUGGGGAUUCCUUCGAAUGAUCUUCUGGUGGGAAAAAGCGAAAUCGACAAGAGAAACCCCAUUGCCAUUAUUAUUGGAAUGGCCAUGACUGGGGCUGCCGGGAACUCGGCGGCGCAGGUGGUGAACAUGAAAUUCGACGACAGCCUGCCUUUUAGCGAGGGUUCGGGAAACUGUCGGAUGUCCAUUACCACUCAAGGAGGGGGAAAUUGCAAUGUAGACACCACCCCUGAUUCCCGGGCAGGUGCUGGGACGGACACAACCAAGCAUGACGGAGACUGGAACGUCUGCUGGUGGGAUGAUGAAAAGAAGAUUUCUGGAAAGCAGUACUUUACUGACCCAGGCAUUGGUAAAUACAGCAUCGUCUUCACUGCCAGGGAUAGUGAUAAGGUGAACGAAGAUAUCGAAGGGGCUGAAGGCUGCGGGGGAGAGGGGAUGUGCAAUCCUCAAAUCACUUUCUACCGGGACGGAUAUGAACUUGUGCUGAACACUUGGCAGUCCGUGUAUCAAGGUAGCUCCUCACCAGAUGGUGUUGGACUGUGCCAGGGUGGUGUUCUGGAUCAAUUCCACAAGGGCGGUAUGGUGUUUGGGUUUACGUGUGCUGUGCCUUGCGAGGGCGAUAAGGGCAUUCCGAGUGACAAGCCGGCUCGUUGA